AUGAACUUCAGUCAACUCUUUUCAUCAUCAAUUUUUACAGUCCUUGUAUUCCUUAAUCUGUUGUUUCUACAAUAUAUAAAUGCAGUUUCUGUACUUGGAAAUGAAACAGAUAAACUAGCAUUACUCGACCUGAAAUCCCAGAUAAACGAUGAUCCUCAAAGAAUCUUGGCAUCCUGGAAUAGCUCUUCUCAUUUCUGCAACUGGACAGGAGUAAUAUGUGGGCACGGACAAGAAAGAAUUACGGGUUUGAAUCUCAAAGGGCAAAAACUGGAUGGAACCAUUGCGCCACAUAUAGGAAACUUUUAUUUUCUUUACAGUCUUGACCUUUCGGACAACUACUUUCGUGGUGGCCUUCCUGCGGAACUUGGCAGCCUUGGAAGACUUCAAAUCUUGAACUUAAGCAAUAACUUCCUACAAGGGCAAGUUCCAGCUAGUUUAUCUGGUUGUACUAACCUGUCAAGUCUUGUGCUAAGAAAGAAUUUUCUCAUAGUAAAGAUUCCAACUGAAAUUUGGUCGCUCCAAAAGCUUGUGAAACUCGAUCUCAGAAGCAACAAUCUUACAGUAAACAAGUUCUUUGGUGAAUUUCCCCCUCAACUCUACAAUUUGACAUCACUUGAAGAGAUAAGUCUGUCUUAUGACAGCUUCACAGAUUCACUCUCCAAUGCUUCAGCUCUUGAAGGGAUUGAUGUCCUGCAGAACAAUUUCACUGGAAAAGUGCCACUGAGUUUAGGAAGUUUACAUAACUUACAGGUCUUCAGUGUUGGGUAUAACCUUCUGGGAAGUGGUGGAAGCGAUGACUUGAACUUUGUCAUUUCUCUGACGAAUUGCAGCAAUUUACAGUUCCUGCAUUUUGGAGGCAAUCAGUUUGGAGGUGUUUUGCCACGUUCAAUUGGCAAUCUGUCAACCCAAUUGACUCAACUGUUUUUCGAGAAGAAUAGAAUUGGUGGCAGCAUUUUCAAGGAGAUAAAAAAUCUUAAGAAUCUGUAUUUCCUGUCUGCGUUUGAAAACAAUUUAAUUGGUGCCAUUCCUGAUUCCAUUGGGAUGCUUUCCAGCUUGGGAAAGGUUUAUCUUAAUGGCAACAAAUUGACAGGUGAGAUCCCAUCCUCAUUUGGGAAUAUGAGUCAGCUGCAGCAUCUUUUUCUGUUCGAUAACAACUUGACAGGAACCAUACCGCUGUCUUUGGUAAACUGCAAUCAACUUGACAUUCUAUAUCUGAACAACAACAAUCUGAGUGGCACCAUAGAGCCACUUAUGGAAAUCUCAUCUUUAUUGGCCUUCAAUGUGUCUCGCAACUCAUUGACAGGUUUCUUGCCAGUAGGCUUUGGGAACUUGAGUCAACUUGUUGAUAUUGAUUUGUCUCACAACAAAUUUUCUGGGGAGAUUCCAAAUGCCAUAGGUAAAUGUCUGUCCAUAGAUGGAAUGUGGAUGCAAGAUAAUUUGCUACAAGGAUCGAUUCCUUCGCUGGAAGAUCUACAAGCACUUGUGUACUUAGAUCUCUCAAGCAACAACCUAUCAGGUGAAAUUCCAAGGUACUCUGCAAAUAUCUCCUCUUUAAUUCAAUUGAAUCUGUCAUUCAACAAUCUAGAGGGUGAGGUGCCUGUCCAAGGAGUUUUUUCCAACCUUAGUGCACUGAAUAUUAUUGGGAAUCCCAAUGUUUGUGGAGGGAUCCAAGAGUUGAAUUUGCCCAAAUGCAGGACGCAAAAACCUCAAAAAGCAGACAAGAAGCAUUCCAUUUCUCUGAAGUUAAUAUUGUCAAUAGUCAGCACAGCAGCAAUUGCCGUUUUAUCAUUGAUCUUGCUCUUACUAUAUCGGAUAAAAUAUUGGAAGAAAGGACCUCGUUCGACAUCUCCAUCUAUGCAAUUCUACCAAAAAAUUUCCUAUGACGAGCUCCUCAAAGCAACUGCUGGAUUCUCUUCGCAAAACUUGAUAGGACCGGGUGCCUUUGGGACUGUUUAUGAAGGAACUCUUGGCUCAGAUGGAUUAACCGUGGCAGUUAAAGUACUGAACCUUCGACAGACAGGAGCUUCAAGAAGCUUUCUUGCAGAAUGCCAGGCCCUGAGAAACAUUCGGCACAGAAACCUUGUCAAGGUCAUAAAUGCUUGUUCAGGUUCUGAUUUCCAAGGGAAUGAAUUUAAAGCUCUCGUUUAUCAGUUUAUGCCGAACGGAAGCUUAGAGAAGUGGCUGCAUUCUGAAGGGAACAACCUUAGGUUAAGCAUUGUUCAGAGAAUUAACAUUGCAAUACACAAUGUUCUUCUUGAUGACAAUCUCACAGCUUAUGUAGGUGACUUUGGUCUAGCUCGGCUGCUUCCAAUGGAAGUUAUUUCACAACAGUUUUCCUCACUUGGGAUUAAGGGAACUAUUGGAUAUGCAGCUCCAGAAUAUGGCAUGGGAUCUCAAGUAUCCACUCAGGGAGAUGUCUACAGUUAUGGAAUUCUUUUAUUGGAGGUUUUCACAGAUAGAAAGCCGACCGAUGAACUGUUCAAAGAAAAUAUGAAUCUUCACCAUUUUGUCAAAAUAGGAUUACCAGUGCGAGUCAUGGAAAUUCUAGAAAAAUCAUCUCUGCGCCUAGAAAAUCAAAGUGAACAGACAGCAUGCUUAGUCUCUAUUCUUGAACUUGGAGUUGCAUGCUCCGCUGAAUCUCCACAAGACCGAAGAAGCAUGGAACAAGUUUACACGGAAUCGAGGAUGAUCAAGGAUAAAUUUAUUAAAGCUGGACUGAAUGAAACAGACAGAAAUUUGGGUGAGAAUUAA